AUGGGCCCAAAGGGAAUAGGCGUCUCAAACCUUCCGAAUGUGAAGUAUAGGAACUUUUGCAAGGCCGGGAUUGACUUCAAUAUCAUGACUGCUGGAUCUUGUGGACUAGGAAAGACAUCGUUCAUCAAUCAAAUGCUCGGUGCAUCUAUUCUACCCUCAGAUCCAUUUGUUGAUUCAUCGAGCGCAAUAUGCACUAGCGAUGCCCUGCCUGCAUACCAGGCUCCAGAGAAUGGCAAAUGCUUACACAAAAACUCAAUUCUUAACAUCCAGGUUUCUAAAUUCUUUGUGAUGGAGAACGGAUUCCAAACACGUGUCACCGUCACUGAAGUUGAUGGCAUUGGUGAUAGUGUGAAUAAUCACGGCUGCUGGGAACCAGUUGCUGAUUUGUUGCAAGAAAACUUCAAAGACUUCAUGUAUCAGGAAAGAAGGAGCGUCAGAUCACUCAUUAAAGACAAGCGCAUUCAUCUGUGUCUGUACUUUCUAGAGCCAAAUCCAACACAUGUAAGAAUGGCAGACAUAUGCACAAUGAAGGAGAUAUCAAAGAUGUGCAAUUUAGUACCUGUAAUUGCAAAAAGUGAUCUUCUAAAUGAUGCGGAGAGAGCAGAAUGCCAUGCAAUAAUAUCGGGCAUUCUUUCUUCAGAAGGUAUCGAUACAUUUUGCCUGGAUUCUAAGCAUGAUGACAAUCAGAAAUCACAGUGUCCGUAUUUUGUAAUAUCUGGCAAUAUGGGCUUUGAAGACGGGCACAACCACAAGAGAGAGUAUCCAUGGGGAAUUAUGGAUCUUGAUAAAACUGCAUGGAAUGACUUUUAUUUCCUUGUGAAUUCACUGAUAUCAAAAAACUUGAUUAAUCUUGUUAGGGCAACUGAAGCGUUCUAUGACGAUUACAGAGCCCGAGAGAUUGGCAAGGCAGUGACUAGUGAAUCUGAGGCUCUCGAACAGGAUGAUAUCAAGCUUACAAAAGAAAUCCAGAAGAAGAUCAAAGAAGACGAAAGGAUAAUCAUGGAGCUAAGAUCAAGGUUGAUGGAAAAGAAGAGUACAUAUGAAGCAAAACUCCUCCAGAUGCACAUCAAUCGAAUCGAUAAAAAAUAA